AUGUUCCUAGGCACAGUGAUGAAGGCCACGACAAUAACUUGCUUCGCACUGAAACUGCUGUCAAUGGCUGUGCUCGGCAGCCAAGACCCACAAUCCACCGCGGCGAUAACCGACGCCUGCACUGAAAUAAGGUACAUGCUAAACGUCCGCCAGCAUUUCGACCAGCAAAUACGCAACCUAGCCCAAGCAGCGGAAGAACUUCACAGCCAGUCAAAAGUGCUCCGACUGGCAGCAGCAAAACACGUAGGAACCAAGAAGGGCCUUGCAUACACCCUACUAGCAGGACUGGCAGCGGCAAGAGAAUCACAAGCGCAAAAGCACCUAACGGAAUGGACGCCAAAAUUUACAAACGCAAUACAGGAGCUAUCUGCCAGGAUAGCGGUCACCGACAGCGGCCGAACAAGCGGCGGAGCGCCGACUGAAAAAUACGGGUCGGCGGAAACGGACGCCACGACGGACCAGCGGCACGGCGCAACGCAGAGAUGCAAGGUAAGUCUGACACUAACGCCAUCUGCGCCAGCAAAGUGCAGCACCGCGUCCAGUGAAGAGAAACUUAAGAAAGCAGCAAGUGAGUUACCAGCCCUAGACAAACUGAAACUAAUACAAACGAAGCUCUUCGGUCAAUACAAAGCGGAGGUCAACCUGCAAAGCAAAGGCAGCUCAGCUGUAACGCGUCCAAUAGCAGGAAACGCAGGCUGCGAAAGCGCCUCAGGAGCCAGCACUGACUCUGUAGACAUGAAAUUCCUUACGCUAUCGAAACCGGCCCCUGAAUUCGACACACCGAAAAUAGAAGAAGACGCGGGGUGCAGGGAACCGAACCAGCAAAACGAUAUACACGUACACACAGCUGAGACCCUCAUCCACGCCCUAUGCCGCGCCCGGAAAUUUCCAACGACAAACCAGCAGAAACUAGGCCCGGAAUCGCUAGACAGCAUCUCGAGCGACAGCACUGCACAGGAGAUUGCCCUAAGACUAAGCAACAAAUAUAAAAAAGACCAACCGGAAAACCAAAGGCAAGAAGCGGUAAAGGAUUUACUCGGGAAAGGAACGGAUAGCAUCCAAACCAAGUGGUUAAAUGACCUCAGCAAAACGGACAGCACUCUAAAACUACAAGAUGAUGCGCAACCAAUAAGCAUAGACGCUGCCAGCCAAACCGACUUCGAUAAAGCUCUGGCCCUAUUUACUGCCCAGGCAUACCAGCGAGCAGUUAAACAAGAAAAAACCAGCGUAACAGAAAAUCCCUCUAAAAAAACAGACACAGAAGACAAAACAGAAGAAAAGAAAGACGGGGAUAAUAAAACAACCGCAGCUGAUUGCAAAGCCUCUUCCGAAACUAAUUGUGACAAAACAAAGUGUGAUUGGAACGCAGAAAAGAAACAGUGCAAAGUUAAAGAGGGAGCGGCUGUUAUUUCAGCUGUAAUCAAGUCCCCUCUUUUGCUUGAAUUUUUGCUUCUAGCAUAA